AUGUCACCGUGCGACUUCAAGCUCGCUCCCAUCCCGUCUCCAAUCCUCGUCUCCUCAACACUCUCCCUCCGUGCUCAGUACGUCUCUCCCUCUCCUGCCCCUCCCUUCCCCCGUUCCGCGUUUCAGCUUACCCGUUUUAAAAUGUUGCACUCAUCUCGCUUGAUAGACCCAUGCGUUUCUAUCAUCACCCACCUCUCCCAUCUGCGCUUCUUCUCACACCUUCUCCUCUCCCCUCCCUCCCCUCCUACUUUCAAAAUCCCCCCUCCUUCCAGAGUUCCAGUCAUCUCCUCCCCAUCACUCCCCCCACCCUCCUCCUCUUCCUCCGCUCCUCCCUCCUCUCCUCCUCCGCCGCCCGUCCUCUCGCCCCCGUCGGUGCGAGCAGCAGCAGCAAGUGCAAUGAAGCAUUUAGCUCGGCAGAUGGAUGGAGGCAUGGCGUUCGUUGAUGGCAUGAUGGUGGGUGCAGGGUGUGAUGGUGGGUGCAGGUCCUUCCCUUCUCCCAUGGCUCUCACCCCCAUUCCCACCACUGCAGCCAGCAAGGACGGGCAAGUGCAUGGCAUGGUGGCGCUGUCAGGCAGCGUGUUGGCGCUCUGCCUCGCCAUGCCCCUAGACCCCUUGCCAUGUCUCACCUCCCAUCCCUCUAUCCACAUUCUCCCCACCAUGACAGGCGCCAAGGACGGUCAUGUGCAUGGCAUGGAGGUGCUGUCAGGCAGUGUACUGGCGCCCUGCCUCGCCAUGCCUCCUAUGCCCCACCCACUCAAGCUGAGCCGCAGCGUGUUGGCGCUCUGCCUCGCCAUGCCUCGAGAUCCCUUCUCCCGAGUCCUGCACGACCUCAAGGUGCUGCCCGACCUCAAGGUGCUGCACGACCUCAAGGUGCUGCACGACCUCAAGGCAGCAGAGGAGCGGUGCAGUGAGCUGUGUGGGAUGGCAGCAGUGGCAGACGAGGCAGUGAGGGAGCAGGGCGUUGGUUUGGAGUGGGAGGGGCAGGUGGAAGGGGAAGAGGAGGAGCAGAGUGGCAUGGAGGGCAGUGCUGCUGCACCUGCUGCUGUGUGGCUUCCGCCUGGAACUGCACCUGCCAAGCUACACAGCAGCACCCGCACUGGCAGCGGUGGCAGCAGAGAUGAGAGUGCUGUGAAGGCAGGGGUGAAGGAGAAGGGUUCAGCAGGCAGGGCUGUGUCACUGCUGCUGGCUGUGCUCGGGGUGCUGCUGGCCCUCGUUGCUGCACUCGUGCUUGCCCUCAAAUGA